ACACAACACGAUCACUGCAACUUGCAACGGCCAGAGGCACAAAGGCAGUAACCACUAAACUAACCACAUCCAGACUAAAUGAAAUGUUUUUACAAUAACCAUUCAUUUUGAUUGGAUUUUCUCCAUAACUGUGACCAUUAGGGGAUGUAACUAAAAUGGAUCUUUCCAGAAAGUAUAAAACCUCUUUCAUGAUAUGUUCUACCUGACACCUCAAGAAUGGAAGUAGGCCAGGUGAAAGUGGCAGAAGACAAAGAUUUUGAAAACUUAAAAUACCUUCUCGACAAUCACACUGGAUGGAAAUUAGAUUAUACCAAAACCACAAUCAAAGUCUGGACAAAAAAUGUCUCCAAUACAAAUUUCAAAAUGGUCAAGGUGAAAGCUGAAUUCACGGAUAUUAAUGCUGAGCUCCUGUAUGAUGUCCUCCAUGACCCUGAAUACAGAAAGGUCUGGGACCAACAUAUGAUUGAAGCUAAAGACAUCGGCUGUCUGAAUCCAAACAACGAUGUCGGCUACUACUCAAUGUCUUGCCCCACUCCCCUUGGCAACAGAGACUUUGUCUUGCAGAGGUCAUGGUUAGACCUGGGUAACGAGAAGUAUAUCCUCAACCAUUCUGUCUACCAUUGUCAGCACCCUCCACGUCAGGGCUUUAUACGGGCCACCUCCUACCUCACUGGCUAUUUGGUGCGGUCGUACCCUAACAUACCUGGCUGUGAGCUAGGCUACAUCUCCCAGACUGAUCCUCAAGGCACUCUCCCUCCUUGGCUGGUCAACAGAGUCACUCAGAUAUUUGGGCCCAAGCUGAUCAAAGACCUGCAGAAAGCCAGCAGAGGCUACGUCAGCUGGAAAGCAUGUCACAACCCGUUGUACAAACCUUGGCAUAACCCAGAGCAGAUGGUGUCUCCUCGAAUCAAACUUCAAGAGUGUGUGAGAAGUCCAGCAGAGCUAGAAUAUCGCAGUGAAGAAGAUGCCAAACUAGAGGCAACGCUCAUAAAACAUAAGAAAGGAAAAACAAAAAAGGAGAAAAAUAAAUAACUACAAAAUAAUGUUUACUAAGCCAAGUGAUCUUACAGUUUGCUUUAAAAACAACCAGUUUACUACCGAUUGUGUGUAAUAUUAUCAUUUCAAUUUAUUAGACUGAUACCUUUUAAAUGAGCCAUGGUGUUUUUCCACCUCAUACCGAUGGCUGAUAAAUGAGGUUAACUAUUUCAUAACUACAGACCAAUAACUUGUUUUUGAGUAUUUUUUCUUAUUCAAAUAAAUUAAAUACAAUCAUCCAUCAGUUUAUAUUUUGUGAUUAGAUGAUUUAUGUGGUCUGAGCGUGGGGAGAUUAUUCGUUGCUUUUGUUUCUUAUGGCCUACUAGGAGUAGGUCUAAACACAUGAGUAAGCAUUGGUAUAAUCUAAUGGACCAUUGCAUAUAGCUGAUCUUUACUAGUGAAAUAGUUUUGGUUCAUUUAUGAAUGAUCAGUAGUCAAAGUGUUAAAUUUAACCUAAAUCUUUACUCAACUUAGGUUGGCCGUUUGUGUAUUGUAAGUUGUAAUGUGUUAGUUAAGUUUUUUUCGCCUGAGGACGGGAUCAGAUUCCAGAUCCCGAAACUUUGAAUAUGUUUAUUGAGGUAUAUAUAUGUUUGGGAAUUACCUAUGAUUUUAUUCAGUCAAACUCAAAUUCACUAAUCUUAUGUUCCAUGUCUAGCUACUGUAACCAUGUGAAUUUUCAAGUGAAAGUAAAUAUUGAACUACCGUUAGCUCUUUACUUCUAAUUCUUUGACGCCUUUAGGCCAGCUGCACACUGAUGCAGCAUUUCAUCUCAAACAAGGGUUGCAAGGCAAAAUAUUUGUACAAGCGCUCCAUGUAUUCAAUGGGCGGCCGCACACUGAUCAAGCAAACUUUGCGAGGCACCUCGCAACACCUCAAAACAUUUGAGCAGCCUCUCAACGAAUGGAUUUGAUACAGCACGAUAUUUGAUGUUUCAAGGAGCAAAACGUUCUGCGCAUGCGUCAAAUCCCUUCUUACUAGUAAUGGCUUAGAGGAUCUCAAAAUGCAAUAGACCUCUUGUUUGAAAAAUGAAUUUUGAAGUUUCGUUAAAACUUAACAAUUAUAUUUUGAAUUUCUAUUGAAUAAUAUUGUUGGUUAAUUUUUUCUUGCUACCACUUUGAUAGUAAAUCAGCCUGUGCAAAGUAGUAAAUAAUGAAUUAAUUACCAAGGUUACUCAGUUCAUUAUUUAUAACCAUCACGUCACGACAUUACCUAAUAAUAAUUUCUAACGAUAUCGCUUACGUUAUUUAAAACCCGUCCAAUAAAAUAGUAGUAUAUAGCAAUUAUUCAUCAAUAACUCGAAAACUUCCCUGGAUCUGAUUUAAUUUCUGAGAGGAAAGCCUUAAUGUCUGUCAUCUGAUUGAUUGGGUUAACCCAAUGUUUUCUUUCUAUUUAGUCCAGCAUUUGCAAAAACUGACAUACAGCAACAGCUACGUUGACUUCCUCGCACACUUGUUAAAACGUUACGUUACUAUAGAGGACCAGUAAAAAUAAUAUUUAUUUUUGCUUGAAACCAAAUGCUGAAUCAUGCUUGAUCCUCCCACAAACUGGAGUUAAGCAAAGAAACAAAAUGCUUCAAGCAUCAGGCAAAAUGCUGGAUCAGUGUGCCCAGCCUUAGAGGUGUCAAGAAAUAUAUCAUCUAGACAUGUUAUCCAAUAUACUGUGACUUGAACUAUGAAGCUACUUUUACUUGUCUUUUACUUUUCUCAAGCCUCUGGUGGAAAUUAGUUUGAUGAAAAUGUAACUGAUAAGAGGUGUUAUUGUAAGCUUUGUGUUUUGCUCAAACUUAUUUUUUCGGCCUACAGUGUAUGCAUUUCGAUUGUAUUGUUUUU